AUGAAACCCAUCAGCAAAUAUUUUUUAGAUGCUAUCAGUGCAUUUCCAGGACUUCGUGGGAGCAGUACGCAUGGAAAACCGGUUAUUGAAUUACGAUUAUCAGCGGAAGUGCCUUUUGAUCUUUUGCCUUCGUUAAUUUUUUCCACGUAUUCUCUUUACACAAGAUGCGGCGAUAAAAAACAUACUUUGUACAUAAUCAUCGAUAUUCGUGAUUGCUUAGAGGAAUCCCUUCACAGUUUUUCACAGUCUAUGCAACGCUCAGCUUCAUGGCUUGAGGGUACGAUUGACUGCAUAGUAUGGGUUGUCGGGUCAUGUUUAUACAAUAUAGAAACUAUAAUCAAUGAAGAUCUCAUUUUGUCACGAACUAAAAAUGUCGUGACAAGUAUUGAAAGGCUUACGAGUCACAUUGAAGCGGCCAAUUUUUCAACAAAUUUAGGUGGUUUGAUUAAUCCCGAAAUUACGCGAAGCUUCUUCCUGAUGCGAUCUAGUGUGGAAGACUUGUUAAAAAGAACUCAUCAAACAGCAAAACUUUACAUGCGGUUACACGAGCAUUUGAAGCUAUUCGAGACGCCACAAGAUUUUAGAAAUAUCAAUACUGAUCUAUUGCGAAUUCAAAUUGAAAAUUUGAACAAUCAGUGGGAUGCUGCGAAAAACGAACCAGAUGUAGUAUUUUUGUUACAGUGUGGAGAAUCGCUAUGUGAAGAGUUAAAGACACAAUAUUGCGAUCUAUUGCAUCUUGAUUCUUAUCUCUAUAGGCAUGUUAUUUUCAUUGAUGUGAUGGAGCGCGCAGUAUCAAGCUUCGAAGAAGUUAAGUUAGCCAUGCAACGAAGUAAUUCCAGUAUAUUAAAACGACUGAACGCUCUUCAUUGUGUGUUAGAAGCAGUUGAUUUUAUUAAAUACGUUGAUGAGAUGACAAAAGUUAUCAAUACUGAAAUGAAUGUACUGGAACAGUUGAAAAUUGUCAGGAUAUUUAGUAUUGUAAGGCUCACCGCACAAAUUAAACAAGUGGAUAACAAAGUUACAGAGUUGACAGAAUGUCUGGAUGAAGCUGAUGAUCGUUUGGAAAAAGCGAAACAUUUAUCAGAAGAAGGCUCAUUUGGAAAUGCUGAUCGGGAAACGAUUGUAAAUACAUUCAGUUCCUUUAGUACUUUCUUAAUAUCCUGCAAACAACGUAUUAGUGAAGUAAAGCCUAUUGUUCAAGCAGCACUUGAUUCCCGUAUUCUGAUUGAUCAGCUGUAUGAUUGGGUUCUGCUUUAUGCUAAGAGAAAUGGCGACAGCAAAGAAAAGGAAAUGCUGAUUUUGAAAUAUCCAUCUGCCGCUGUUGAUCGUCUUCAUGAAUAUCUUGUUUCUGGUUCGAAUGAUUGCGCUGUUCGACAAGAAAUCAAAAAGCUGCUAGUUGACUGCGAAAAAGCUAUCACUGAUUUAGAUCCUGCAGUAAAAAUUUCUGAUUUGCAUUGUGAGAUAAGUGCAAGUUCAAGUAGGGGAAAUAUUGAUGGUACUGUCAUUCAAGAAGCUAAUGUUAUUGAUUCAUGCUUCAGUGGUGACUGUUCCGUUAUGGAUUUCUUGCUGACGAAAAGUGGUUCCGAUCUGUCAGAUUCAGUUUCAGACACUCCAAUAGAAGUUUAUUCUGAUGUUGAGGAAAGCUUUAAUAUUAAUUUACGAAAUGAAUUGAGUGAUGUCACAAAACGCUCUCAGCGAUCAACUAGCCCAGCCGCGACUCAGUACGAAAUACCAAUUUCAAAGGUGACUAAAUGCGUGAAACAUCGGCAGCAAGCAUUUAUGGAUCAAGCAGAAUUGGAAGAAAUUCGAUGGCGCCGUAAUUCUUGGGCACCAUCAGUGCAUCCAGAAUCACUGGAAGUUGUUGAAGAAUCUGCAAUUGGAGCUGCACCUGUUACUCUUGAUAUGACUAGUAAAAUAAUAACAACAAUGUCAACUAAUACGUUACACAAACGCCUGGACCAGAGACGAUCUGUUAGUACUGUACCAUUGCGUCUUCCUAACCCAUUUUUGAUCAAUGGAACUGCUCGGCCUGGAUCAGCACGAUUUGUUAUAUCACAGAAAUCUCGACGUCCAUUGAUUCAGGCUUCUAGUAACGAUGUUUUAGAAGAGGAUUGCCGUUCUGCUCUUAGUGCUUUUCAGUUUUUGGAUGAUGACUGUUGCAGUUCAAUAGAAUCAUCUCAGCCGUCUCUUACAUCUGAAUUUUCCGCACUGGAUUUUUCAAUGCGUUCGGAACAGAUUGAUAUGAUUCGAGAUUGGUUAAGUCCGGCAAAAACUAGUGACGCAAAUUUCAGAAUUGAAUGCACUGUUGUACGAGAUUUAUUAGAUUCAGAAAUCGAUUAUGUAGGUGCCUUGAGACUUGUGGUUCAGGACUUUGUUCCUGAAAUGUCUCGAGUUGAUAUUCCAAGUGCACUUCGUGGCAAAAAAUCAUGUAUUUUUGGGAAUAUCGAAAAACUUUUUCAGUUUCAUGCUCAUUCAUUUUUGCCUCAACUUAUUUCACGGCUAAGGUUUCGCAGUUCUAAUGAGUCACUCUCAAUGACUAUUGGGCAAUUAUUUCUCGAUAACAUUAACUCUUUUGAUUUGUACGCAUUGUAUGCGAAAAACAAGCCUAGAUCUGAUCAAUUAAUGAUCGAAGCUGGACAAAAAUUUUUCAGUUCCGUGCAGAGUAUGGCCGACCUAUCUCAUCUAUUAAUUAAACCAAUUGAAAGAAUAAGCAAGUAUGCUCUUGCACUUCAACAGCUUCUCAAUGCCGCUUCUCCUAAUAAAGUGGAAGUCCUGGAUGUUUUGGAUAAAGUAGCUAUGAUAGUUGGUCAACAGAUUCGUCGCGGCACGGAUUUGUUAGCAAUGGAACGAAUCAGUGGUUGUGAUUUAAAUCUCAAAGAGCAAGGGAGCUUGUUGCGACAUGAUACGAUGUAUGUUACUGAGAAACGUGGUCUGCAGUCUAAGAAACGUAUGACUGAUUGUGGCUUAACGGAAAUGGUAAAAGAUUCGAGAGUCAAAUUUGAAUUGUGGUUUAGGAAGCAAAAGAAUUCAUUUACAUAUGUAAUGGAAGCUCAAACUCCUUCUAUUCGUGAUUCUUGGGUCGAAAAUAUCCGUCACAUUUUGUGGGAACAAGCUAUUCGAAGCCGUGAGAAAAAUAUUCGUGAAAAAGCAAACAUGGGCAUUGAAAUACAUUCUUCGUAUAUUCAUUUAGGUCCAAGAGCCACGCUCAGUGGAUUACGCGAUUUUGGUUUUGUGGAUGGUAAUCGACGACCGCGUUCUUUGAUAUCGUUAACAGCAUCAUCAUGUUCAAGUUCUAACAAUUUGACACGUGUCCAAAGUAAUUUUCGUUCAUAUCGUCAUGUGAGUAGAGGCGUUUGUGAUGUUGCUGGUGAUCACCUCUGCCGAGUUGAAGAAGAUGACGAGUGGGAAAGCAUGAAUGAAUCCAGCUCGAAUGUCAAAUAUUCAGAAAACACAAUACCACGUUUCCGGGCUCCACCACCGCCAAACAGUAGUCGGAAUCAUCAAUGA